AUGCGCGACACACAGGCAAGCGGCCUCCUCCGCAGGUCUUUCAUUGACACUUCUUUACAAUCUGUCUCUGCCGACACUGCUUCGGUCAUUUACACCUAUGAACACACCAUCAAUGGGUAUGCAGCCAAAAUCACCGAUGAUCAAGCCAAUGCAUUGAGGGCACAGCCAGAUGUUCUCUCCGUGAGACCGGACAAGGUCUACCACCUCCACACUAGUCGUACUCCUGCGUUUCUAGGACUGCUUGACUCUGGAGCUUUGCUUGGUCGCAGCCCCGGCGUCGACACGGGCAUAUACCUCGACGCGCGUGACGACGUGAACGGUACAAGCGCCGAGUCAAACUUGGUCGUCGGCAUCUUUGACACUGGAGUCUGGCCUGAAAACCCAAGCUACAAGGACGAUGGCAUGCCUCCCGUUCCUUCCCAUUGGAAGGGCGAAUGCGAGACUGGCCCAGACUUCCCGGCCACGAGCUGCAACAAGAAGCUUGUGGGCGCCAGGGCCUUCUACAAGGGAUACGUUGCCGCUGUCACUAACGGAACUGGAGCUUUCAACUGGACUGGAGAAUCUCAGUCUCCCAGGGAUGACGACGGUCACGGAACCCACACUUCGACUACCUCUGCCGGCAAUGAAGUCCCUAACGCCAGCUUAUUUGGACAAGCCUCCGGUACAGCUCGUGGCAUGGCCAAAGAUGCACGCAUCGCCAUGUAUAAGGUUUGCUGGAAGGAGGGCUGUUUCGAUUCCGAUAUUCUCUCAGCCUUCGACCAAGCGAUCGCGGAUGGAGUGAACGUCAUGUCUUUGUCGCUGGGCCCCGAUCAGCCAAGCUUCAACGAGGAGGAGGGUAUCGUGGUUGGCAGCUACGCAGCCAUGAAGAAGGGCAUCUUUGUUGUCGUGUCGGCUGGAAACAGCGGCCCAGGACCCGGGACCGUCACGAACCUUGCCCCAUGGGUUUUGAACGUCGCCGCCAGCACGCUGGACCGUGAUUUCCCUGCCCACAUCACACUUGGCAACGGCAAGAACUACACCGGCUUUUCUCUUUACAGCAAUGGAUCAGUGACAGACAUCAAGCCGUUAGCCGACGGAGAGGUGCUUCCUCUGAUUCACGGCAGUCAAGCGGGCAAAGGAAAUGCCACAACAGCGUCACUCUGCCUGGCGGGCAGUCUUGAUCCUGCCAAGGUGGCCGGCAAGGCAGUUGUCUGCGUCAGGGGCCAGAACGGAAGGACAGAGAAGGGUGGCGUCGUCAAGUCUGCUGGAGGUCGUGCGAUGGUACUUGUCAACUCCGAAACCGAUGGCGAUGGUACCAUUGCUGAUGCCCAUAUUCUUCCUGCUCUGCACCUUGGCUACUCAGACGGAUCUGAAGUUGAAGCCUACGCAAAGAUGGGCAAUGGGACAGCAGUGAUCGACUUUGAAGGUACCAGAUUGGGUGUUUCGGCUCCUCUCAUGGCAUCUUUCAGCUCUAGAGGCCCUAACGUUGUGGUUCCCGGACUUCUCAAGCCGGAUAUCACUGGCCCAGGCGUCUCUAUCCUGGCUGGGUGGUCUGGCACGGGUCCGACCGGACUUGACAUUGACACAAGAAAGAUUGACUGGAACGUGAUUUCCGGUACAAGCAUGAGUUGCCCGCAUUUGUCUGGGAUUGCUACUUUCAUUCUUGCCCGGCGCCCUGAAUGGAGCCCUGCAGCCAUCCGGUCGGCCAUCAUGACUACUGCAUACACCACGACGAAGGGCACCCAGUCUCCUCUUUUAGACUCUGCCAACGAUAAGGCGGCCUCUGUAUUCGAUUACGGAAACGGCCACGUUGACCCCGUCGCAGCUCUGAGCCCUGGCCUCAUAUACGACAUUUCUCCGGAUGACUACCUUGACUUUCUCUGCGCGGUCAACAGCACAUCUGCCUUUACCAACGGCAUCACAAGAAGCAACUUUACCUGCGCCUCCAACCAAACAUAUAGCGUCUAUGACCUUAAUUAUCCUUCUUUCUCUGCCCUCUAUGAUAGUUCUACAAACGGGUCCUACACUGCCACGUUCAAACGCACCGUUACCAACGUCGGAGGUGCUGGUACUUACAAGGUUGACGUCUCUCUCACUGACCCCGCACUGGUCAAGGUUGCUGUCACCCCUGAGACUCUCACUUUCAGCGAGGCGGGCGAGAAACAGAGCUUCGUCGUCUCCGCCACCUUGGGUUCAUCACCCGGUGCCGAUGCUAAGUCUCAAGGAAGGCUUGUCUGGUCUGACGGGAAACAUGUGGUCGGAAGUUCGAUGGCUUUCAUUUGGGGGUAG